UAGUUAGUCGCUUGCUUGUUAGCUUAACUUAGUAGCAAUUUGUUGUUUUAGUGGACAAACACUUUUGGAGCACCGCUCACUUUACUUCAGUCCAACAAGCAACAGAGCCAGCAAUAGCGCCAAUCGCAUUAGUUAAAGAUGCUACUGCUAUUUAAUCAAUCUUUUUGUUUUUGUUUUUAUUAUUGUUGCUUCGGUUGCGAUGAUCGAGCCAACCAUUGACAACUCUAUAUAUAAAUAAUAUAAAAUGCGUGCGGGUUUUAGUUUAGUAGUUUUGUCAUCGGAAAUAAGUGUCAAUUUUCAUCUUCACUAGCUAUCGAAUAUUGUGUGGUGUUUACAGAAAAAGCGAAGGUUAACAACAAUCAACCAUAACUUGAUCUAUACUGUGUUUCGCAAUAAGACUUUGUUUUAGAAAAAAGACGUAAGAUUAUUACCAAUAAUGGUGCGUGCGUUUGGGAUAGCUUUGCUUUAUUACGGUUAUGCGGCUAAUCUUUGCUUAGCCGCCUCGAUUGUGGAUAACGGACAUCUUUCGAACGCCAAUAAUUUAAAUCUAAGAAAUUUAUUACCAAAAUCUUUGGUGCAUGAUAUACAGCAUAAUCAACAACAACAACAACAACAACAACAACAACAAUAUUUCGAUCGCUUAAUACAUAACGAUAUACAAUAUGCUCAGCGAUUGCCCGCGGAUCAAAGUGUUUAUUACGCAAAUUCGAAACGUCCAAGCAAUCAUAAUGAAAUUAUAGAUGUACAAGUACCCACUAGAGCAGAUGCGAGUAAAAUACUUUUACAUUUGCCUAAGCAUCAUCAAGUCUAUUCAUCGGCAUCUCCAUCUCAGCCCUUCUACGUAACCCCCCGCAGACAUUAUCGCAUAACUUUGAUACGUAAUCAUAAACCAGCGCCUCCAUCCCCGCCCGCUCCCGAAGUCGAGCAAAAUACAUUGAUUUAUGUUUUAAUUAAAAAACCAGAUCAGUCUGAUGUUAAUGAAGAAUCAUCGAACAAAUCUGAGCAAAACUCAUUUAAGCUAAAUCCUCCCGAGGUGUACUUUAUUAAUUAUAAGGCCAACAAAUCAAAAUCGGAUGCAUAUGCUUCCCAAACUAAUACAGAGCAGCGAUACGAAGACACUUCCAAAGUUUAGUUAUUUAUAAGUUAUUAGCAUAGAGAAUGUACCUAAUAUCCAUUCAAGUUGUAAAUAGCGCUAAAAGCUAUAUAUUUAAUACAUUGUUAUACGUUUUUUUUUCUUUAUAAGAUUUACAAGAUAACUGUUGUCAUUGAGAAGUUUUAUUUAAUAAUUAUUAGAAAAAUUUUUGCAUUUUUUUACAUUUUCUUGGUUUUAGCUUUGCCAAGAGGAAUGAUUAUUCAUAUAUCGAAUGCAUGAUAGUAAUAACCUUUAAGAAUGUGCUUAGAAAUCCUAUAUGCACGUCUUGUUCAUAUGUCAGCAUUUAAAUAUUGUUUUCUUUGCCGAAAUGAUAGAAGCAUUCUUCGGAACUAUCGACAGAGUCUCCUCUACGUAAAACAUAGUUUGUUAUUUCUCAUUUAUAAUAGUUUGAAUAAACUACAAAAUUUAUAUAACAUUGGCUCGAUUCAUUUUCUUCGACUCUUAGUACAACUAACGUAACAACUUUCUCUAGAGUUCAACGCUUAGACACCUGCACACAAAUAUGGUUAAAUCGACGUCGACCGAUGAAUUAUGUGCUAACACAAUGUCAUACCAACCGUUAGCGAAUAGAACGGUAUCAACAGUAAUUGCCACGAUCGUUAUAUGACGAUUGGGAGACGAAAAGGAAUAUCUUCGGAGCUUGGCUUGACUUCUCGGUGAGGGCGUAAUAUUUUAA